GUCGCGAGCGGACGUAUGUUCUCUACCACUAACUUUGAUACGAUCGUAACAUCUACGUAAAUAUUUAUAUAAGUUAAUAAAAUGUGCUAAUUCAAACAUUUAGCUAGCAGUGUGGAAUUAUACAAAAUGUUUUACGUUUUAGUGACUGUUCUUUUUAUAGCAAGCGGUGGUGGAGCUCAAAUAAAUGAAGACAGUUGCGAUGCGAGCGAACAGCUGAAGAUAUGCGUAGAAACUACACCAAAGACACCCGUGGGGCUGCCUAGGACAAGGAAAGAGUUGGAUGCGCACUGCUUGGCAUAUCAGACUGGUAUGGCAUGUAUGGACGCGUGGAUAAAGCGGUGCCUGCCAACGGAUGGACAGAAGUUGGUGCAACAACAAAUCGGUGGUGCGAGAGCGCUCAUGCGAUUCUUAUGCACCAAUGAUUCUUCGUUGAGACGAGAUUUCCUCAAAGAGCUAACAUGUUGGGCGCUAGUGUCGCCCGACUGGUCGGCCUGCGUGAACGAGCUACAACUAGCUGUACGGGACAUAUCCGAGCGAGCACAUCAUAUCGCUUACUUCAAUAAGAACUCAGAGUUGUGCUGUGCUCGCGACGACUUCAUAUCAUGCGUAUCCCACGCGGGUCGCUCCUGUUCCUCGUCCGCGGGCAACCUGCUCCGGCGCAUGGCCUGGGUGCUCGCGCAGGACGUGGCCGCUUGCUCACAAACCCCGCGCGCGUAUUGUGCCGCACAGGGUCUAUACUCACCAAUAUUAACGAUAUUGUCUAGCGUUUUGAUACCACCUGCAAUAAGGUUUUAGAUUCCGAAAGUGUACGGUUUUUUGCUCCAAAACUUUUUUUUUUUGUAUAAAAAAAUAAAUAAAGAAUGAGUGUUUUAUUUGAAAUGCUUUUAGUAAAGCAAUCUUGGUUUUAUCGCGCUAUAACUAUAGCAUACUAGCGGUAAGUAACUCCGGCGCAUGGCCUGGGUGCUCGCACAGGACCUAGCCGCUUGUGCACAGACCCCGCGCGCGCAUUGUGCCGCACAGGGCCUAUACUCAACUCUACUAACGAUACUAUCUAGCGUGUUGAUACCCCCUGCGAUAAGGUUUUAGGUUCCAAAAGUGUACGGUUGUUAGGGUUGUAGGUUCCAAAAGUGUUUUUUUUUGUAUAAAAAAAUAAAUAAAGAAUGAGUGUUUUAUUUGAUAUGCUUUUAGUACCUUAGCAUAGCAAUUAUUGUUUUAUCACGCUAAAACUAUAGUAUACUAAAGUGGUAAGUAACUCCGGUGCUUGGCCUGGGUGCUUGCACAGGACGUAGCUGCGUGCGCACAGACCCCACGCGCGCCGCACAGGGCCUAUACUCACCCCUACUAACAAUAUUGUCUAGCGUUUUAAUGUUGGAAAAGUUUUAGGUUCCAAAAGUUUUUUUUUAAGUGAAACUUCUUUAUCGGGGUUGGAAAAAAAUUUAGUGUAACAUUUUUUCGUUACGCGUGACAUUUUUCCGUUACGUGCCAUCUUUUUCUUAUCCCUACCACGCGUGAUUCGACGUAUUUCUGUAAAGUUGCAUAUAGUAAAUGAUUUUACAAAAUAAGUUACUCUAUUGUAUUAUUCAAUUGAUUAUGCAGUUAUUAACUACCGUUUAAUUAUUAUGUUAACGAUGUAUUAAUUAAUUAUUUAAUGUUAAUUAAGUAUAAUAAUUUAUUAAAGCACAAAUUUAGGUACGUAGGUAAGUUUUAGAAUAUUUUCAGUGUAAAGACCAAAUGUAUCUAGUAUUAAUAGCUGCUUAUAGUCCUAUUUUAUUGUAUCUAGAGUAAUUUGUUUACAAUUACAUAUAAUAAAUAAUAUUCCUAUAUGUUUCGUUGUAAAUAAUAAAGUUAUUUACCAAAUAAUAGUGUUCCUCUUCUUCAUAUUUACAUUGAGACGAUAUAUUUAUUUGUAAAAACAAUAAAGUUUGGCUUCAUGAUAUCAUAUUACUGUUCCGAGUGCUUUUCAUAUUGUAUAAACAAAGACAUAUUAUAAGUAUUUAGAUUUCUAAGAAUUACUGAGUAUAUACGUGUUAUAAAAUGUAUCCAAAGAUAAUGUGUUGUAAGGGUAAACAUAGAUUGUAAGUUUUAUUUAAGAAAUAUCAUUCCUAUUUUUUACGAGAAUAAUUUAAACAUUUUUUUUUAAGCCACGUGAAAUUUCAAGUACGUCACACACGGUGAAUCCGAAAUUUUGUGGGUCAUUUGUAACAGGAUGGCGGUUCUACAGGGGUCUUAGGUACGCAAUGACAAAAAGAAAAAUGAUGGUCAGAACGCUGAUACCGGAUACCUUAAGAUACUAUAACGUUUUAUAUUAGAGAAUCUUAACAUAAAAUAUUAUAGUACCUUCACUGUGUGUGACGCGCUUUAAUUUCACUAAGCUGAAGCAAUGUUAGGAAUUGAAUUAAUUGUAUUUUUACGCAGUAUGAAUAAAACUAUACAAAAUAUUGAUAUUAAUUAUAUAAGAUAUUGUAUCUAAAAUCAAUAAUAUACUCUUAGUAUGUAAUUGUCUGCGGCCAAAGGAUUGCUUGCUUGUUAAUAAUUUAGCUGACUGUAAUGUAAAUUACCUAUAUGAUUUGUGCCAAUAGAUAUCUAUAAAAUAAUUAUACCUAAUAUAAAUUGUGAUCAUUAAUAAUUAUUAUCAGUGAAAGAAU